UCCCAUGUACACUCCAUGGGUAACGCCGACAGCGCCAGACACACAGACACACCGCCGCCGCGGAACCACAUAUACCACAUACCUAUCACCAUCAGUAGUGGCGUGACAACCGCAGUCGUUAGGGGCGACUUGCAUUGCGUGUCGUGCUUAGUGGCGUCUGGCUGGGAAUGAUGGCACUGCGAGGAUUGCGCGUGGUGGCACGGAUCGUUGGCGCACCCGGAAAGCAGACGGGCCUCGGCUCCGCCUGUAAGGUGCUGGUGCCAUGCCUGUCAUUGCAGAGCAUGAGCAUGGCAGUGCGCACCGAGACCCUUAAUCAGAACAUGCAGCUGCGGCUGUCGGACAAACCACCUCCCACGGCUGGAGCACCCCUGGUUGGAGGGGGUGGAGGCGGCCAAGGCGUAGUGUGCCCUGUGCUCACCUCCUCCUCAUCGGCACGGCCAGACGAGGUGAUGGGUCACCGGGGGGUGAGCAGCAGCAGCAGCAACAGUGCGCUGCGCGAGAACCCAUUGACCGUGUUGCUCGCCUGGAUGAAUGCAAGGGACAAGCACCUUCAGAACUAUCAUGACUUCUACCUGCAGCUGGGCUUCGAUGUCCUCACAGUACGCACACUGCCCCUGCAGCUGGCAUUCCCCACAUCAGGGGCACAGGUGGUGGCCAAGCGGCUGCUAGACUUUCUGGUGAACCAUCCCAACUACAGCCGUCUGGUGGUGCAUGGAUUCAGUGUGGGUGGCUACCAGUUUGGCGAGGUGCUGGUCAAGAUACGCAAGGCAGGAGGUGAUUACAAUGGGGUGCUGCCUCGUUUCAAGGCACAGCUGAUCAUUUUCGUCGCUGGAUUUGCUGCACAUGGAAAUCAUGGUGUGACGCCUACAAGAUUGAGGAGCUACAUUGUCCCGACCUCGCAACACUCUUAUCGGACAUCUACGUGGUUUCCUUGGCGCCUUCUCUACCACACGAGGGCAGCAGGACAGCACGGCUGGCUUAGAAAAGCGACAGAUCGGCGACCAGGCUUGCAGUUUGGCAGCAGUGCUUCUUGAGCACACAACUAAUAGCUGUCUGCUUUGCAGAGCUCUGCCCGACAAGACGGCGACUUUCAAAGGGGACCCGUGCAUUGCUGGCAAGAAGUGCAAGCAAAGGAUAACUGUGCUUUUUGCCGCCAAUAUGACUGGCACGGAACGCUUGCCACUUGUUGUCAUCGGGAAAGCGCAUAACCACGUUAUUUUAGAAACAUCAAAAGCCUUCCUGUCGAGUACAGAGCGAACAGGAAGGCUUGGAUGACCUCGGACAUUUUUUAAGGCUGGCUGUAGCAGUUAGAUCGACACUUCAUGUCUAAGGACCGUAAAAUAAUUAUGGUUGUUGACAACUGCAGUGCACAUAACUGUACAGUUGAACUGAAGAGCAUCAAGGUAGUUUUUUUGUCGCCCAACA